AUGCCCAACUGCCGUUCGCACUCUCAGCGAUCGGAGGCCUCGAUGCAGGUCCAACUCUCGCAGGUUCAUCUCGCUCAUCUCGCCGAUCUCGCUCUCGCGGAUCCGAAUCUCUGUAGCGCCGAUCCCUGCGAUCUCCUCAUCGGAGUCGACCUCUAUGGUGAGAUCUUUCGCGACGGUAUUCGAAGAGGUGCUAGCGGGCAACCCUUCGCUCAGAACACGAUUUUUGGGUGGGUGGUGUCUGGCCCUACACCUGUUCAGCGUCCGAAUAGUCAAACACUCACGACACAGCAGUGUUCCAAUUCCGCGUCGCUCUCUCUAGACAAAGAACUGAGAAGAUUCUGGGAAAUAGAAGAAAUUCCGCGUCGAGUCGUUCUCAGUCCCGAGGAACAGCGAUGCGAGGACCAUUUCGUGGCGACUCAUUCGCGCGACGUGGACGGACGAUAUAUCGUCCGCCUUCCGUUUCGUCAUGGUCCUCCCAUCGACAUCGGGAGCUCUCGCGACGUGGCUGAGCGCUGUCUCAAACGACUGAUUCGGCGAUUCAAGACGAACAUCGAGCUCGAAACGGAGUAUUCGAAGUUCAUGUCCGAAUACGAGGCGCUCGGACACAUGCGCCGAGCUCCGUCUACCCCAGAAUCUUCUCAGACAGUCUACAUUCCGCACCACCCGGUUAUUCGCGAAGGCAGCACAACGACCCACCUAAGAGUCGUGUUCAACGCGUCCAGCCUUACCACGAAUGCGAGAUCGCUCAACGAUCUUUUGCUGGCCGGACCGAAAUUGCAGACGGACUUGGCCGCGGUUAUCCUUCGCUGGCGUCAAUUCCGGUACGUGUACUCAGCGGACGUCGCAAAAAUGUACCGUCAAAUUAGCGUCGACCCGCGUGACAUUGAUUACCAGCGUGUUCUCUGGGUUGACCGCGACACAGAGAGUAUUCAAGAGUAUCAACUCUUGACGGUGACGUAUGGAACCGCCUCGGCUCCCUUCUUGGCGUUGCGCGUGCUUCGCCAGCUUGUUCAUGAUGACGGUCAUGCUUUUCCGUUAGCCAUCUCCGUGCUAACGGAGAACAUAUACGUCGACGACGUUCUCUUCGGAGCCGACGACAUUCCCUCGCUCCGUCGGAUCCGAGAGCAAGUAUGCUCGCUUCUCGAGCGUGGCCGACUUGCUUUACGCAAGUGGUCGAGUAACUCCGUCGCUCUCCUCAGCGACAUCGAUGAGACGGAUCACGGUCUCGCAUGCAGCCGAGAUCUGCAACCGGACGAGCACCUAAAGGUUCUUGGAAUCUGUUGGAUUCCGUCUGCGGACGUCUUUCAAUUCCGAGUCUCUUGUCCCUCGCUGAUCGCUAUCACAAAACGAUCGAUUCUCUCGACAAUCGCCAAGGUGUUCGAUCCAUUAGGGUGGAGCACCCCGGUUACCAUUUCAGCUAAAAUCUUUCUGCAACGUCUAUGGCAAUUACACGUUGAGUGGGAUGAGCCACUCUCGUCGGACUUAGUGGAUCAGUGGGAGACCAUUCGAUCUUCGUUGCUAGAGCUCGACGGCCUUCAGUUGAGUCGGUGGACUCGACGCGGCUCCGCCACGCCGGCGUGCGAGUUGCACGGGUUCUCCGACGCGUCUAAUUACGCGUACGCCGCGGUCAUUUACCUGCGACUCGCGUCGGUGGACGGUGAGGUCUCGUCAGCGAUGCUCGUCGCGAAGGCACGGGUCGCCCCGAUUAAAUCGUUGAGUGUCCCUCGCCUAGAGCUUGCGGCAGCCGUUCUGCUUGCCCGUCUCAUGGAGUUCGUCAUCGAAUCGCUUCAACUCUCGCAUGUGCCGUGUCACUGUUGGACGGAUUCCACGGUCGUACUCGCGUGGGUGUCGCAACACCCGUCUAAGUGGAAAACGUUCGUUUCCAACCGCGUUUCCGAGAUCCAAACUCGACUUCCGUCUGCGACGUGGCGUCACAUCUCUACAAUCGACAAUCCGGCCGAUUGUGCAUCGCGAGGGAUCUCGGGGCGGCAGCUCGCGUCUCACCCCUUGUGGUGGCACGGUCCGCCCUGGUUAAAGCUUCCCGGCUCGCAGUGGCCGGAUCUCGUUAAGCAUCCGGGGACCUCCAUGGAACGGACCCUGAAACGACAAGUUCUCUUGGCUCGACCGAUCGAGCCGUGGGAUCUCGCGACGCGAUUCUCGUCGUGGCCGAAACUUCUUCGCGUAACGGCGUACAUUUUACGUUUCGUUUCGCGAAUUCGUAGACGCGGUCCCCCUCCGGUCGAUAUGAGAGAGAGCCCGUCAUCCUUGGCCGCGGCGGAAAUCAGUCGCGCAAAAACCUUUUGGCUCAAGGCUCUUCAAGCCGAGUUAUUUCCGCGGGAGCUUAACGCGCUGACGAACCGCGCCCCCCUCUCAACGAAGAGCGAGUUGCUCCCCCUUCAUCCCUUUCUCGACAAGGAGCAAUUAAUUCGCGUUGGCGGGCGGUUGGGUCAGGCACCGGUUCCGACUCGCGUGAAGCAUCCGAUUCUCUUAGCUUCUCAUCCUCUGGUUCGGCUCAUUAUUCAAAAUGUACACCUGCGUUAUUUUCAUGCCGGAAUCCAGCUCACGCUUUCCAUACUACGAGGAGAAUUCUGGGUGGUCCGCGCUCGGAGCGUGGUUCGAUCGGUCCUUCAUCGAUGCGUCGCGUGCGCUCGCGAGCGAGCCGUAUCGCCCGCACAGCUCAUGGGGAAUCUCCCUUCGGUCCGCGUCUCUCCCCCUGCGCGAGCGUUUCUCCAUUGCGGAUUGGACUACGCCGGCCCGAUCGCCGUUCGCGCUCUGUCGGGGCGCGGAGUUACAUCGCAUAAGGCCUAUAUUGCAGUCUUUAUCUGCAUGGCGACACGCGCCGUGCAUCUCGAGCUAAUCGACGGCUAUUCGACUCCGGCGUUCUUAGGAGCGUACGCCCGAUUUGUUGCGCGCAGAGGGCUCCCAGAUUCUAUGUACUCAGACAAUGGGACUACCUUCGUCGGCGCGGAUCGCGAAAUGACCGCCUCAUUUCGAGCCGCUCUUCGCGAUCCCGCCUUCCUCAAAAAUCGCCUCAGACUCCAUCUCUUGGCAUUUUAUACCUCCCGCAGCCCCCCAUUUCGGAGGACUGUGGGAGGCAGGCGUCCGGAGUGUAAAACACCACCUCCGCCGUGUGUUGAGGCGUGCUUAAACUCCCGUCCGUUGGCUCCGCUCACGGACUCGCUCGAUGACUACGAACCGCUUACGCCUGGGCACUUGUUGAUCGGUGCCGCUCUCACCUCGCGCCCAGAGCCAUCAUUGUUGUCGGUUAAUGAAAAUCGCUUAACUCGCUGGCAGCUCGUUCAGCAGCUCAAAGAGCGAUUCUGGAAGCUGUGGCAGAGCGACUACAUUAAUACUCUACAGCAGCGAGCAAAGUGGCGACGCAUUCAACUACCAGGCAUUAAACUCGGGCAAAUGGUACUACUUCGGAACCCUUUGCUCCCGCCAUGCAAAUGGGAGCUCGGUCGCGUGAGUCAGUGUCAUCCGGGUUCCGACGGCUUAACUCGAGUCGUCACAAUCAAAACGGCGUCCGCUGAGUAUAAACGACCGCUAUCUAAAAUAUGCGUUUUGCCGGUCGAAAUCGAUCCGGCAGAUUCCGAACCUGACGAACCAUGA